AUGAAAGCCGUCAUCUUCGAUGGCCCUCGAAAGGUCUCCAUCCAGGACCGUCCCGUGCCCCGAGGUAAACCAACCUUGCCAUACGUGCAACGGCAUCUGUCGUCCCCCUGGCUAAUGAAACACAAGUCAAUGAUGACCGCGAUAUCAUCAUCAAAGUACAAGCUACCGCUCUUUGUGGCUCGUAAGUUCGGCAUCGCCUCAUCCUACCCAGCUGGAUGCACCUUCUUCAUACAUGAGCUAAGACGGCAUUGCAGCGAGCUCCAUGUCUACCGUGGACACCAACCAUCGGACACCGGCUUCAUCAUGGGCCAUGAGUUUACCGGUAUUGUGGUGGAAGCCGGCGCACGUGUCAAGACUCUCAAGGUUGGUGAUAAGGUCGUAUCUCCGUUUACAACCUGCUGGUUCGUCCGACCCGACAAGCUAUUUGGCUCUGCCGUUCUCGAUGGUGGCCAAGCUGAGUAUACGCGCAUCCCCAUGGCAGAUAGCACUGCCAUCCAGGCACCCAAAUCCAUUUCCGACAAGGCCCUCGUCUUGAUGGCUGAUAUUUUCCCAACCGGUUAUUUCGGAGUAAAGAGCGCCGUAGAACUGCGGCCAAAGGUAGACAUAUCGCAGUCAACCUUUGUCGUCAUUGGCUGUGGUCCGGUCGGAAUCUGUGCCAUCAUCAGCGCUCUUCAUCUCAACCCAAAGCAGGUAUUUGCAGUUGACAAUGUCGACGGCCGUCUGCAGACGGCCAAGAAACUUGGAGCUGUGCCGCUCAACUUUGACGAUGGCGUUGACAAGAUGAAAGAGCAAGUUCGAAACGCCACUGGAGGGCGUGGCGCAGAUUUUGUCAUCGAGGUGGUUGGCCUAUCGCCCGCCCUGAAGACGGCAUUUGACUUGGUGCGCCCGUUUGGUGCCAUGAGCAGCAUUGGUGUCCACAAUGCCGAGAUUCCUUGGAGUGGUGCCGACGGCUAUGCAUGCCCAGUCCGUUCCAUCUUCCCGGAGGCUCUCGCUCUCCUCGAGAAAAAGCAAAAGGACGUAGAGUUCAUGUUUGACAACAUCAUGCCGCUGUCCGAGGCAGUCGGUGGGUAUGACAUGUUUGACCAAAUGAAGGUCCACAAGAUCGUUUUCGUUCCAUAG